UGCCAUUGACUAAAGCCGAGAAUUGGCAUCCUGCGGGAAAACGAGCACAUCUAACAGGGUAACACUUUCCCAGGCGACUAUUUCUACCCUUAUCCUUUAUUUAAGAACAUUUCCGUGGAUGCAGCAGGCGUCUCUGACCGGCAGCUCGACCACAGUGUUCCUGACUGAGUGAAUGAUCUGAAUGUCAGCCGGUCAAGGUCCGCGCUGCCGACGCACCAGCACCAGCGCUCCCCUGCGCGUCCCUGCUCUGCUGGGAAACAUCUGUCGGGGUCGGUUCGGAUGGAUUUCUAACCCUCUGCAGCUCUGACAGGACUGUGAUUGGGACGCGACACUCCCGGAGCAAACCCCAUGCUGCAAUGAGGAGGUGGAAUAAUGGACCAGGCAACACUAACGAUUGGUCUGGAUCGUUUCGUUAGUGCAUAUUAAGGCGAGGAAGCGCAGAUCUGGGGCACCAUGUCGGCGGUGAUGAUAACGCGAAAGGUGCGCAAAUGGGAGAAGCUCCCGGGGAAGAACAGCUUCUGCUGCGACGGCCGGGUGAUGAUGGCCCGGCAGAAGGGGGUCUUCUACCUCACCCUCUUCCUCAUCGUCGGGACCUGCUCCCUCUUCUUCGCUUUUGAAUGUCCAUACCUGGCUGUCCACCUGUCUCCUGCCAUCCCAGUGUUUGCUGCCCUGCUCUUCCUGUUCGUCAUAGCCAUGUUGCUGAGGACCAGCUUCAGUGACCCCGGGGUGCUGCCGCGGGCCCUCCAAGAGGAGGCCACGUUCAUCGAGAGGGAAAUAGAGGCUGCAAACGGCAACGUCCCCGCCGGGCAGCGACCUCCACCUCGAAUCCGCAACGUCCAGAUCAACAACCAGAUCGUCAAGCUCAAAUACUGCUACACAUGCAAGAUCUUCAGACCACCCCGAGCAUCGCACUGCAGCAUCUGUGACAACUGCGUUGACCGCUUUGAUCACCACUGUCCAUGGGUUGGCAACUGUGUGGGCAAGAGGAACUACCGAUACUUCUACCUGUUCACCCUGUCCCUCUCCCUGCUGACCAUUUACAUCUUUACCUUUAACAUCGUCCACGUGGUCAUGCGCUCAGUGGAUAAAGGCUUCUUGAACACUUUGAAGGAAACACCUGGAACUGUGCUGGAGGUGCUGGUUUGUUUCUUCACCCUGUGGUCGGUGGUGGGACUGACCGGCUUCCACACCUACCUGAUCUCUCUCAACCAGACCACCAACGAGGACAUCAAAGGAUCCUGGUCCGGAAAAAACAGAAUCCAGAACCCUUACAGUCACAAGAACAUCGUCAAAAACUGCUGCGAAGUGCUCUGUGGGCCGACGUACCCGAGCGUCUUGGACAGAAGAGGACUGAUGCAGGAGGAUUUGUCCGUCUCCGUAACCAAUCCAGUCUCCUCCUCCACAAGCAACUUAGUCCCACAAACUAUGAAAACCACAGCUCCACUCAUCCCCAAUGAGCACACGCCUGACGAUACCAAACCAAGUAUUGCCUCCUCAACAGAGACAAGCUCCUGCCCCAAAGAUAAGAGCCCCUCUCCUAAAGAGGAGCAUCCUCCGUCUCCGAAGCUGCCUCCUCUGGCUUCACCUGAGACCGAUGCAGACGCGUCCAUUGCCAAGGACACUACCCAUUAGCUGCAUGAGGUGAGCGGCUCCGGUCAGAGUCUCUCCUCCAACAUCUGGUCUGCUCCUGAACUGAAACACAAAUAAUCAAUGACUGAUGACUGUUCGGGUGACACAGUUAUUCUCUGACUGCUACCCUUUAUUCUCUGGAAAGUGGAGUUUCUCCUACAGCUCCUUUCUCCUCCUGCCACUCCCAGCAGUAGCUGCAGAGUUGUUUGACUGACACUUAACUCUUGAGAGACAACAGCUUCCUGUCUUCUGACCACUGCACGGAAAGGACACGCAGGAGAGAAGAUAACGGGGCUCCUGCAGUCAAAUAACUGUGAGCUUGCUCUAACUGACAGUAAAUGUGUCCUUCAUUAAUAAUUGUAUAAUGACAUUUAUUGUGAGAGGCCAGUUCAUAUAAUAUACUCCUUGCAAGCAUCUGACAGCAGAAGGUUUGACUUCUGGACAUGUGUUAAAACUCAGUGCGGUCAUCUUUGUUGUGCAUACAUUACAUGCCCUAUGCAAACCACAGAAGACUGGACAAGCAGCUUUGUGAAAAGUGUGGAUUAAAGGUUUGAACCUCCUGUAAGUACACAUGAUGUCCAGGCAGAAAGAUGGAUGUGCAAAUCCUUCAGCUGAGAAAUUCUGCAGGCCCUUUCCAGGCAAAGUCUAACUUGUCUUCUUAUAUUGCUGCAUUCAGUACUGUUGUCAUUCAUGUGAAUAUUUAAUUUUUGAAGUAAUCUCAUCCAGAUCAAUGGCUGUCCUUCCGUUUUUAUAUAAUCAAAGAUCUAGUGGUGAUGUUGGCGCUUUGAAACACAUGAAGCCAAUCUGUGCACAGGUGAACUUCCAGGUGACGUUGAGCCUCUGAGUCCCAAUGUGUGUGAAGUGGGGUAAAAAAAAAAAAGGCCUGCUGUGCGUAGACACUCGUUGUAACAGUGCCUUAUUGAAAAAGUUACACCAUCUACAGCAACUGAGGUCAACCAGAGGAGUCCUUCUGAUCGUGUUCAUUGAGAAAGUAAACUAGAGUGAUAUUUAAUGGUUAGUUUCUUUUUGAGAGGUAAAGACAGAUGUUGCUCCCUUGUCUGUUGAAUCUGACGGUACAGCCUGCAGUCACUUAAUUUAUCUUAUCUUAUCAUAAAUAACAAGAAAAGCAACUAGUUUAUACCACUCCGAAGAAUCUAGUCACACAAAAAAAAAACAGAUAAAUAAAAGAAAAGUACAACUUGUGAAUGAAUCAGCGUUAGUAGGGCUGGCAGGAUCUUUAAACUACAGAUUCAGGCUGGUGAUAUCGAACUCGUCCUUUUAAUCUCCAAAAGAAAUCAAACCGUAAAGAAGAGGGAAGCAGGAAAAACAACAACAAGGAAAAGAAAAACUCAAUACAAAUGUAUUUCUACCUGCCUAUAUAACACUACAGUUUGUGAUUUUUUUCUUUUCUCUCAUGAAGAACAGUUAGUUUUUUGUUCUCUCGGAGUUAUAAGAAGAAUCACACGUGUGAUAUCACUGUUGGAGCAAAAGUGGUGCUUGUGAAGCAAAUGUAUACGCAAAGCCAUGUUCUCGCAGGUGUUGUUUUAGUGAAACAUGUUGAGUUGUGGAGCGAGGACAGAACCAAGUGCAGUGUGCAGUCAGGGCUAGUUGCCUUUCCUCCUGCAAAUCAUGGCAGAGCCGAUCUUCCUCACAGUCCUCUCGCUUCCUGCCGCCUUCUGCCAAUAAGUUAAACUCUUCCUCCCCUGUCACCUGUAUCUUUGACGGUUGCUCCCACAGUUCACCCACAGUAGAGGUGACUUCCACUACAGCCACAUGGUAGGCCAGUAAUUGCAGAAAGAAGAAAGAAGGACAUCCAAUUCUUUCUUUGAACACGUUUUAUUUUGUUCUCGGUCACAGAGAUUGUAUGAAGGGGUGAGCACCCUCCGGGACAGGGAAAUAAGAAGAAGUCCAGCUAAUUUUUAGUAUCUAGACGAUGUUAGCAGAUAGCGAGAGUUUGUACUAGUGAUUGUGUGGUAUGUAAGACUGAGUCCGUGUUUGUGAAACUUACAUGUGUAGAAAUCUAGUAUUACAUCUGACAAAUCUGCCCAAUUUAUUUACUCUAAGAACCAGAUCAGAUACACUUAACCUCCAAAAACAAGUUUUUUUUCUUUGUUAGUUUUUGCAUACAAUCAACGGAAGAAAAUAGAUUUCCAGACCCGAGGAUUGUAACUUUGGUGCAACAAUUUAACUUUCAAAACGAACAUCAUAUAAGACACUUUCACUCAAUACAAAUGUAUGGCCCACCUCAGAAAUAUUUUGGUAUUGAUUCAUCUUUCAAUGAUCAAUCAAAAAACAAUACAAAGAAGCUCAUAAGAAAAACCUCAAAUAUAUUUACUUCAACAGAUUCAGCAAAUGUUUACGUCUGAAAGUCUCAAUCUUUUUUGCAAUGCCAAACAAAUAACUGAUGGUUAAAAUGUUCGCCAAUCUUUAUUUAUUUAUUUUUUAUUUUUUAUGAAUUUAUUAACCAGCAGAUUAAUCAAUAAAAUUGACUGUUGGGAGACGUUCUAAAAAAAUGAUGCCAGUAUUGUUUCCAUGUUAUUUGAGAAAUGUUAAGUAACAAACUGAGGGCAGUUUUCAAAGCUGAUCUUCGGGGGCGGUUCCUGGAGACAUGUUGGUGUAUUUGAUCGCUGUCAUCAAUGAGAGUCACGAAUGUAUAUCGUUCAUAUUUAUUAAGAGGGACAUUUGUGUUUUCAAAGCACAUUUCCAAGGGAUGUGUGAACUUUUACGUUUUUGCCAAUAGUUUGCUGACCAAGCUGAGCUCUUGUAUUUAUAAUUCCUGUGUUAAAACCAUAGUCAGAUCUGAAUGCUCUGAUUGAUUAUGACAUUGCAUCAUGUUUGCAGAUACAGUACUAUGAUGGAAUGCUUACUUAUGUUCACUUUGUUUAGUAUCAACACUGUGAUUAUAUGUAUUUCAUUCAAUUUACUUCACUUCUUUUUACAUGAUCAGUGUGUCUGGUAAAUAAACAACAUUGUCUUAUUAUAAA